GAAGGUCCCACCUAAUGGCCUCUGCCUGCUGCCUUGGGCAUAGGACUCCCAUUCGCCCUCAGUGGAUGAGGGACAGGUCUGUGCCCCAGAGUUAAAUCAAGAGGCUGACGCUGACUCCUGGCUUUACCUCCCAGAAGUGGAGUCUAAAUUUAGCUGGGGUUGGUGUGUGUAUAUGUGUGUGUGUGUCCAGAGGCCAGGUGAAGAAGACAGCCAGCCUGGCUCUAUGAGAUUCCUUAUUCCUUGUUCUCUGGGGAACAGUGGGAGGUUAGUAGGACUGCACAUCCUGGAACCAUUAUGAGCCUUCUCUGCCUUGCUCAGGGUCCUAUAGUCUGAGGUUCCAACUUGGCAUGAUGCUGUGCUGGCACCUUCAAUGGCAACCCCACCACCACCACCGCCACCACCACCACUACCACACACACCCAUAGGCUGACUUCCUCUGAGUUGCAGCUUCCCCUCCACUGUUUCAGGAAGUAACCUCCCUUCCCCUCUGAAGCACCCCCCACGCUUCCGGGCCCCUGCUGCAAGCUACCCACCAGGCUUUUUCCCAGCUUCUGCACCCUGGGGCGCCUCAGGACCCUUGGGGCUCCUACUCCCCAGGGUUGGGCCAUGGAGGCAGAUGCAGUGAGUGAGGGGGGGGCCAUGGCGGAGGAGCGGCCCCCCCGGCUGGUGGAUUACUUCGUGGUAGCUGGGCUUGCAGGGAACGGAGCACCCAUCCCUGAGGAAACGUGGGUUCCUGAACCCAGUGGGCCCCUGCGCCCUCCCCGGCCAGCUGAGCCCAUCACAGAUGUGGCAGUCAUCGCUAGGGCACUGGGCGAGGAAGUGCCCCAGGGCUACACAUGCAUCCAGGCUUCCGCUGGGGGCCACCCCUUGGAACUCAGUGCUGGGCUUCUGGGUGGAACUCAACCCGUCAUCUGCUACCGCAGGGGCCGUGACAAGCCCCCCCUUGUUGAGCUGGGGGUGUUGUAUGAGGGGAAGGAACGUCCCAAGCCCGGCUUCCAAGUGCUUGACACGACACCCUACAGCCACUCAGCAAACCUGGCCCCUCCAGGCCCUGGGCACCCCCGCACCUACCUCACUUACCGGCGGGCAGCAGAGGGGGCAGGGCUGCAUGCCCUGGGCAUCACCGACCUCUGCCUGGUGCUGCCCAGUAAGGGCGAGGGCACUCCCCAUACUUACUGCCGGCUGCACCGCAACCUCAACCCUGGCAUGUGGGGCCCAGCAGUGUACCUGUGCUAUAAGGUGGGCCUGGCGAAGGCCAACACGCUGGUGUACGAGGCAGAGCUGCUGGGCCGCUACCCGGAGGAGGACAAUGAGGCGUUCCCGCUGCCCGAGUCAGUGCCCGUCUUCUGCCUGCCCAUGGGGGCCACUAUCGAGUGCUGGCCUGCCCAGACCAAGUACCCCGUGCCCGUCUUCUCCACCUUUGUGCUCACGGGUGCAGCUGGUGAUAAGGUGUAUGGUGCCGCCCUGCAGUUCUACGAGGCGUUCCCAAGGGCCAGGCUGUCAGAGCGACAGGCACGGGCAUUGGGCCUGCUGAGCGCCGUGGAGCGGGGUCGGGCACUGGGGGGCAGAGCUGUGCGCAGCCGGCGCGCCAUCGCCGUGCUGUCCCGCUGGCCUGCCUUCCCUGCCUUCCGCGCCUUCCUCACCUUCCUUUACCGCUACUCCGUCUCAGGCCCCCACCGCCUGCCCUUGGAAGCGCACAUCUCCCACUUCAUUCACAACGUGCCCUUCCCUUCCCCACAGAGACCCCGCAUCCUAGUGCAGAUGUCUCCCUAUGACAACUUGCUCCUCUGUCAGCCUGUAUCCUCGCCCCUGCCCCUCAGUGGUGCCAGCUUCCUGCAGCUGCUGCAGAGCCUGGGCCCUGAGCUGGCUAUCACACUGCUGCUGGCUGUGCUCACAGAGCACAAGCUGCUGGUCCACUCGCUGCGGCCAGACCUGCUCACCAGCGUCUGCGAGGCCCUCGUCUCGGUGAGUGCCGCCCCGCCUGGCCCAUCUUCCCCAGAACCAUGGUUCUUUCUGGUGCUCCUAUAUCUGCCUGGACUGUUCCCUUUUCCUUCCUUUCCUUUCCCUGGGCACAGCCUGCAGGGACACAUAGCUUCCAUCAAGAGCUCUUCCCUAGAGCCUACUUCCAACAGCCUCUCUCAACAGGCACCAACUCCCCAAGGCCAAUGCCCUCUCUCUCGCUCCUAUGCCCCCCACUGCUGCCUCAACCCCCUGCUCACUGGUUCUCACUGCCUGGUGCUUCAGAUGAUCUUCCCACUGCACUGGCAGUGCCCCUACAUUCCUCUGUGCCCGCUGGUGCUGGCAGAUGUGCUGAGUGCCCCAGUGCCCUUCAUUGUGGGUAUCCACUCCAGCUACUUUGAUCUGCAUGACCCGCCUGCUGAUGUCAUCUGUGUCGACCUUGAUACCAACACACUCUUCCAGACUGAGGAAAAGAAGCUCCUCUCCCCUCGGACCCUGCCCCGCAGACCCUACAAGGUUCUGCUGGCCACACUGACAAACCUGUACCAGCAGCUGGACCAGACAUACACUGGACCUGAGGAGGAGGCAUCCCUGGAGUUCCUACUGACAGACUACGAGGCAGUGUGUGGCCGCAGGGCCCGGCUGGAACGCGAAGUCCAAGGAGCCUUCCUCCGCUUCAUGGCCUGUCUGCUCAAGGGCUAUCGGGUCUUCCUGCGCCCACUCACCCAGGCCCCCUCCGAGGGAGCUCGUGAUGUUGACAACCUUUUCUUCCUGCAGGGCUUCCUCAAAUCUCGGGAACGCUCCAGCCACAAACUUUACUCUCAGCUGCUGCAUACACAGAUGUUCUCACAGUUCAUUGAGGAGUGCUCUUUCGGCUCCACUCGCCACGCUGCCCUCGAAUUCUUUGACUCUUGUGCUGACAAGGUCCACCCAGAGCAGGAGAAGCCUGAGCCGACACCUUUAGUGGAGCUAGAGGAGCUGUCAGGAAGUGAGCUCACUGUCUUUAUCACACCUCCUGAGGAGCCUCCCGUACCAGAGGGCAGUGAAUCCACUCCCCAGUACUGCUACGAUGGGUUCCCAGAGCUACGGGCUGAGCUGUUUGAGUCUCUUCAAGAGCAGCCUGGGGCCCUGCCGGUGCCAGGUCCUUCACGUAGCGCCCCCAGCAGUCCUGCUCCUCGCCGUACCAAACAGGAGAUGAAGGUUGCACAGCGGAUGGCACAGAAGUCAGCAGCUGUGCCUGAGCUGUGGGCCCGGUGCCUGCUGGGGCACUGCUAUGGGCUGUGGUUCCUGUGUCUGCCUGCCUACGUGCGCUCGGCACCCUCCCGUGUGCAGGCACUGCACACGGCCUACCAUGUGCUGCGCCAGAUGGAGAGCGGCAAGGUGGUGCUCCCUGAUGAGGUGUGUUACCGGGUACUGAUGCAGCUCUGCUCACACUAUGGGCAGCCUGUGCUGUCUGUGCGGGUCAUGCUGGAGAUGCGGCAGGCAGGCAUUGUGCCCAACACCAUCACCUAUGGCUACUACAAUAAGGCUGUGCUGGAAAGCAAGUGGCCGUCUGGCACACCAGGUGGGCGUCUGCGCUGGGCCAAGCUCCGGAAUGUCGUCCUGGGGGCUGCUCAGUUCCGCCAGCCCUUGAGAGAACGGCGACAGCAGCAGCAGCAGCAGCAGCAGCAGCAGCAGCAGCAGCAGCAGCAGCAGCAGGUGUCAGCACCUCAAGAGGCAGGCAGCUCCCAGGCAGAGCCCUAUUUGGAGCGCCCUUCCCCUACUCGCCCCCUUCAGCGCCAGACUACUUGGGCUGGGCGAAGUCUGAGAGACCCGGCCUCACCCCCUGGACGCCUGGUGAAGAGUGGUAGCCUGGGCAGUGCCCGAGGGGCACAGCCCACUGUGGAGGCUGGUGUAGCCCACAUGAUAGAGGCCUUGGGGGUCCUGGAACCCCGAGGAUCACCUGUGCCCUGGCACGAUGGAAGUCUCUCAGACCUGAGCCUGACGGGGGAAGAGCCGGUCCCUGGAGGCAGCCCAGGGGGCUCAGGCUCAGCCCUGAGUGCCCAGUCCACUGAGGCCCUGGAAGGGCUAAGUGGGCGGGGACCCAAGGCUUGUGGGCGACAGGAUGAGGCAGGCACCCCCCGACGAGGGCUGGGUGCCCGCCUCCAACAGCUGCUCACUCCUUCCCGCCACCCCCCCACUUCCCGCAUUCCCCCACCUGAGCUGCCUCCUGACCUGCCUCCCCCAGCCCGCCGCAGCCCAAUGGACAGUCUUCUGCGCCCCCGGGAGCGCCCUGGAUCCACUGCCUCCGAGAGCUCAGCCUCUCUGGGCAGUGAGUGGGACCUCUCAGAAUCUUCUCUCAGUAACCUGAGUCUUCGCCAUUCCUCAGAGCGCCUCAGUGACACCCCUGGAUCCUUCCAGUCACCUUCCCUGGAAAUUCUGCUGUCCAGCUGCUCCCUGUGCCGUGCCUGUGAUUCGCUGGUGUACGAUGAGGAAAUCAUGGCUGGCUGGGCACCUGAUGACUCUAACCUCAAUACAACCUGCCCCUUCUGCGCCUGCCCCUUUGUGCCCCUGCUCAGUGUCCAGACCCUUGAUUCCCGGCCCAGUGUCCCCAGCCCCAAGUCUGCUACCACCAGUGGCAGCAAAGAUGCUCCUGUCCCUGGGGGUCCUGGCCCUGUGCUCAGUGACCGCAGGCUCUGCCUUGCUCUGGAUGAGCCCCAGCUCUGCAACGGGCACAUGGGGGGACCCUCCCGGAGGGUUGAGAGUGGGGCAUGGGCAUACUUGAGCCCCCUAGUGCUGCGUAAGGAGCUGGAGUCGCUGGUAGAGAACGAGGGCAGUGAGGUGCUGGCGUUGCCUGAAUUGCCCUCUGCCCACCCCAUCAUCUUCUGGAACCUUUUGUGGUAUUUCCAACGGCUACGCCUGCCCAGUAUUCUACCAGGCCUGGUGCUGGCCUCCUGUGAUGGGCCUUCACACCCCCAGGCCCCAUCUCCUUGGCUAACCCCUGAUCCAGCCUCUGUUCAGGUACGGCUGCUGUGGGAUGUACUGACCCCUGACCCCAAUAGCUGCCCACCUCUCUAUGUGCUCUGGAGGGUCCACAGCCAGAUCCCCCAGCGGGUGGUAUGGCCAGGCCCAGUACCUGCAUCCCUUAGUUUGGCACUGUUAGAGUCGGUGCUGCGCCAUGUUGGACUCAAUGAAGUGCACAAGGCUGUGGGGCUCCUGCUGGAAACUCUAGGGCCCCCACCCACUGGCCUGCACCUGCAGAGGGGAAUCUACCGUGAGAUCUUAUUCCUGACAAUGGCUGCUCUGGGCAAGGACCACGUGGACAUAGUGGCCUUCGAUAAGAAGUACAAGUCUGCCUUUAACAAGCUGGCCAGCAGCAUGGGCAAGGAGGAGCUGAGGCAGCGGCGGGCACAGAUGCCCACUCCCAAGGCCAUUGACUGCCGAAAAUGUUUUGGAGCACCUCCAGAAUGCUAGAGACUCUUAAGCUUCCCUCUCCAGCCUGGGGUGGGGAACUGAGGGAGAAGGGAUUCUAGAGUUAACCUGGUUCCAUGUUCCCUUCAUGGAGUUGGGAACAGGCUGGGAAGCAUGCCCAGUCAAAGGCUCCAAGCGAGGACAGCAGGAAGAGGGAUCCACUGUUACCAAACGUCCUGAUUCCCCCAUCUCCAACCUACCCAGUUUGUUCGUGCUGAUGUUGGGGGAGAUCUGGGGGGAGUUGGUACAGCUCUGUUCUUCCCUUGUCCUAUACCAGGAACUCCCCUCCAGGGUAACCACAGAUCUGCAUUGCCCUGGUCAUUUUAGAAGUUUUUGUUUUAAAAAACAACUGGAAAGAUGCAGAGCUACUGAGCCUUUGCCCUGAAUGGGAGGUAGGGAUGUCAUUCUCCACCAAUAAUGGUCCCUCUUCCCUGACGUUGCUGAAGGAGCGAGCCCAAGGCUCUCCAUGCCUUUCUACCUAAAGUAUUUGUAUUUUAUUUUAAGUUAUUUAUUCUGGAGCCACAGCCCCCUUGCUUAUGAGGUUCUUACGGAGAGUGAGAAAGGGAAGGGAAAUAGGGCACCAUGGUUCGGUGGUUUGUAGUUCCUUCAAAGUCAGGCAUUGGGAGCUAGAGGAGUCUCAAGCUCCCCUUAGGAAGAACUGGUACCCCCUCCAGUCCUAAUUUUUCUUGCCCAUCCCACCUUAGGGAAUGCCUCACCCACCCAGGUCCUGACCUGUGCAAUAAGGAUUGUUCCUGCGAAGUUUUGUUGGAUGUAAAUAUAGUAAAAGCUGCUUCUGUCUUUUUC